CUCAUCUCAGUGUUCUGCUCAUGCCAAGCUUGGGCUACCACAGAACCCUACUUGUUGUCCUUGAUAUGCAGUUUGGCCACCUCUAAGCAUCGAAGAUGAAGAUUGGCAAGGGCACGGAGCUCCUGAAGAAGGCGGCUUCGACGUGCAAGAACAAGACCAGCGUGCUGGCAGCCAAGCUCCUCGUCCUCGUGUCCCUCCGCCGCCGGAUGGCCACCGUCGGCGCCUUCUCCCACAGGAUCCAUGCGCUUGUGGCUGCCGCUGACCGGGAGAAUGGUGCCAGGGUGGACUGCAACAAGGCUCUCAUGGUGCGCAAGGUCCGGAAGAUGCCAGCGCUCCAUGGUGGUGAGAUUGUUGUUAAUAUCUCUCAUCAACUGGCACUGUUCGAUCAAGGGAAUGAUGGUGAUGGUGGCUGCACUGAUUGGACACUACACCCCAUCUUCAACGACGAUGACAACAACUGUUGUUACACCGACGAGUGCGAGGUUGACGACAAUGAGGAAGAUGGCGAUGAAGGCAUUGACGACCAACCAUCGGUCAUGGAUGUAAUCCGGAACCACAGAGAAGCUGAAGGUUUGGAGUUCAGCAUUGACGGUGAGAUUGAUCAGGCUGCAGAUAUGUUCAUCACCAGGUUUCGGAAGCGGAUGAAUCAGAGCUUCUAGUGAUCUUGUGAGCUCAUAUCUAUCUGUUUGUAUGGCAAAGUUUGAAGCGUACGUAUAUCGACUUAUCGGCUGCAAAUAUAGGUACCGUAGAUGGUGGGUGUGAGCUAGACUUGUAUACCGUAUUUGUUAGGGAGAAAACGAGAUGGACACAUGUUGUCUGCCCGGGAUUUUUUUUUGA